GCUUGCCACUCCUGACUCCUGACUCAAAUCUCCCAUCUCCUUUGCCAUUAUUCCAGCUUCGCUUGCUAAUCAUUACCAUCCUGCAGAAAAAUGGCCAGUAUCAAAACCCUUGUUCAAUCAAAAGACCUCAAGUCCCUCCCUUCUGAUUUUGCUCAUUUUAAGGAUGCCCAAGAGUCCAUUCAAACGGGACCUGACGUGCCAGUUCCCGUCAUUGAUUUUUCGCUGCUCAGCUCAACUAAUCCUGAUGAACGUGCCAAAGUCAUCCUGGACCUUGGUAAAGCCUGCGAGGAAUGGGGCUUCUUCUUGGUGGUAAAUCAUGGCAUACCGGAAAACUUGAUCAGUGCAUUGUUUAAUGCGUGUAAUGAGUUUUUCGAUAUGCCGGAGGAGGACAAGUUGCAAUUUGACAACAAACACCCUUUAUAUCCCGUCAUGGUCAGGUCUGGCACCAUUGAUGGCAAUGAUUCCAACCAGCAAGUCAAGUUAUGGAGGGAUUAUUUGAGGUUUUUCGUGCAUCCAGAGUAUCACUGUCCCACUAAACCCAAAGAAAUGAGUGACAUUGUACUGGAAUAUUCUCGGAGAACCCGAGAUUUGGCGAGGAAAUUACUUAGAGGGAUUUCACAAAGCCUUGGCCUGGAAGAAGAUUACAUUGAGAAAGCAAUGGAAUUGGACUCGAGUACUCAAAUCUUCGCCGCAAACUACUAUCCUCCCUGUCCUCAGCCUGAAUUGGCAAUAGGCAUUCCACCCCACACAGAUCCUGGCCUCUUGACAUUUCUUCUUCAGAAUGGAGUUGAAGGCCUCGAGAUUCAGAAUAAGGGAAAGUGGCUUCAUCUUACUGGCAUUCCGGGCGCCAUUUUCGUCAACACUGCGGAUCAGCUCGAGAUAAUAAGCAACGGAAAGUACAAGAGCGUCUGGCACAGAGCCGUUUUGAAUAACAAGAAGACAAGAUUUUCCUUGGUGGUGGCCAAUGGUCCAUCACCCGACACCAUUGUCACACCAGCUCCACCGCUACUGCGCGAAACUCCACCCGCAUAUGGCCAAAUGAAGUACAUGGAAUAUGUGCAGCUGCAACGAAGUUCCAGACUUAAUCAGAAACCCACCUUGGAACAGCUCAAGUUGCACUAAUUGCAUGCCCCAUAUAUAUAUAUAUAUAUAUAUAUAUAUAUAUAUAUAUAUAUAUAUUAAUGAGCUGCUUAUGAUCUUUGUUCCGGGCGCCUGUUCCGUGCCUUCCUGUUCAGCUCUUCCAAUGCGUCCAAGUACACUACAUUUUGUGCUCUAGAUUCCAGAUUCCAUUGGAAUUUACAGUUCCUUGAAGACGAACAACUAUAGAAUGAAACGUGACUACAAAUCAAUAGGAUUAUACUCUAUUAAUUCGUUGAUAUUCUGGUACUAUCAAAGAUAGGUAAAUUAUGCUUUUGUUCUUGGGUAAUAUCAAUGCUCUAAAACGUGACGCAAAAAGUGUAUGCAGAUGGAAGUGACUGAAAAAUUAGUGGCCCAAUAUGUUUCUAAAACUAAUAAUAUUUCCCCGUCUUUAAGAGAUCAUAUUUACCCUAAUUGGGGGGUGGGGGGGGGGCGCAUUAGACGGCAAGAGUUUUUCUUUUAUCCAUUUUAGAAGGAAUCAACGAUUAUGUUUAAUUACUUAAGUCGGCCAGUGUACUAUGAUUCAUUCCCUCUAUAAGCAGUUCCAUCGGAAACCUGUAUUGCUUCGCAAUUCUCUUUUCUGGCUUAAAAUCAACCGUCGGUGAAAAUGGCAUAACUAA